UGUAGUUUUGGUCACUGUGGUCUCACUUUGUGUGAUUUUAUAUUUUUUUUAUUUAACAAGACUAAAAGCCAUUAUAAUAAUUAAGUGUAAUAAUAUAAAAAAAAUAUUUAAAAUAUUUAAAAUGACAAAAGUAUUAAUUUUUUUUGGGAUGAUUAUUGUGAUUGUACAAUGUCAAAGACCUCCAUAUGCUGGUUCAUCAAAUCAUCAUCAUCAUACAUUACCACAAUAUUUGGAUAACAAAGAAAACAAUAGUGAUGUAUCAAGUAUUGUUAAUCGAGUUGAUGGAUCACCACCAAUGCUUCCAAAUCGUCCAUACCGUGAUCCUGCAUUUCUUCCACCACAAGCUGGUGGUGAUUGGAAUCUCAUUGAUACAAUAAGCACAUGGCCUGAGGAACGUCAACCAUUUUGGUAUAUUAAUUGGAAAAAAAUACAAGAACAUAUUGGUGGAAAACAACCACCAACUUCUCUUUUUCCAACAAAAAACACUAAAAAUUAAUUAUUAUUUUAACUUUUUUUAUCAACUAGUCAGUAAAAAAUUGUACUUAUUAUAUUGAAAUGUACAAAUUCAAAAAAUCUAUAUUAUUAAUAACAAAAUAGAAUAAUAUUAACAAUAAUAAUAGCUUUUUUUUCAAAAUAAUGUAAUGUUUGUUAUUGUAAUAAUAAAAAAUCGAAAUUGUACGUAAAAAUUUCGAUAAGAUAAUUUAAAAAAACCGGUUUACAAACCCAAAAAAAAAAUGGGGAUAACGCUUGUAACGGUUUUAAAAUUUAAUUGUAUGACCCGAUAAAAAAUGAUAAAAAAAAAUUCAACCACCUGGCAAUUCUCCAAACCUCAUUUGAACCAGAAGCAGAUGAAAAAAAUAAUAUAAAAUUAAUACAAAUGAAGAGUCAAUUGUGUUUUAGAUAGAAAAAAAAUACUUCUAGACAAUUAUAAUAUUUUUUUUCAAACAAAUACAUAAUGCAAAUAAAUUGUUAAGGGAUGAAGUCAAAGAGACAAUAGAAACCGACAUCUUCAAGAAAAAAAAAAGUUUAAAUCCCUUUUCUUAUCUAUUUUUUUUCUUACUCGAUAUUGCUCCAUAUUUUAUCCUCUUUUUUUCAAAUAACCCAGACACAUACACAUGCGAAAAAAUUCGAGAGGGAUAAAAGAGGGUGUGUAUCUUGAGAUAUUGCCAGGCAAUGCCAAGUUGAGUUUAAGGGAUGUUAUAAGGGAUGCUUCAUACAUCCAAGAUAAAAAAAAUAAAUAAACAUCCAAGAAAAAUUA